AUGCUUGCACUGUGCCAGCCGAUUCCAGUUUCAAGCCUGCUGGAAAUCUAUCGGCCGGAUGGCGACUCGGGUAUCUCGUACAUAAUCUAUGGCCCAAUUGUGUUCUGGAUCAAGCCACCUCAUAAUCACGUCCUGACAUGCGCAACCGCUGGAGUCUUUUGCUAUGCAAUGAACAGCUUACCACUUUCGUUCAUUUUUCGGUAUUUCACACUGACGAGGAAUAGCUUCGCCGGCCUUCUCACCAAGAAAAAGAUUUUGGGUAGCAUUUUCUUCGUUUAUGCACUUAUAUCAAUGGCGGUGUCAUUUCUGAUGUAUCGUUGUGAUAUGCCAAAGGCUGGUGACGCAGCUAAGGUGAAAAAAUGGGAAGAAUACUAUACGAAUUAUCACCGCGAUGCGAACGUGGCUCUGUUUGGUAAUUUGAUUCAUUUGGACGAAAAUAUUUUCUAUAUGUUAGGCGUAUUUGGCGUAUGUGCCCUGGUCUCCUACACUACCAUCAUCCUGUGCUCCAUGCUAAUUAGCAAGAAAACGAGCGAAAAAAGACAGUAUAUUUCAUUAAAACGGUUGCAGCUUCAGAAUCGCCUCUUGAAAACAAUCAUACUCGAGGUUUGUUCAUAA